GCUGUUUGUUCUCAUCAUCAAACACGAUUCUCAUCAGAAAACCCCUCGCUCCUCCCCCCUUCUUCUCCUUGAUGCCUUGAUACAUAUACCUCACUCCAUCAUCAUCAAACAACAACAACCCUCGACUCUUCGUCUCUUGAUCCGACUUCUCUCUUUGACAUAUUCACGCUCCUUUCUCUCUCUCUGACUUAACGACCCACGACCUACCUCGACUCUCACUCUCUUUGCCAUCUUCGUCUGGUUACGAAGAUUCAAGUCGAACGAGAACUCUUACACGUAGUCACCCACACGCUCUCUUUCAACCCGGGAAACCUCCUUUACGCACAAAUCGCUCUACCUCACCUUCAACGACCUCUUCCUCGAACCUUUCCAUCACCACCUCACCUGAAUCAACUCGACAAACACACAUUCACGAUGCUCGGUCAGGCUACUACCCUCUCCCUCGUCCUUUCCGUCUUGGCUGCCGCACCUGCCUUGAUCAACGCUCACGGUCAGGUAGACUGGAUCGGUUGUAACGGCCAGCAGUACGACGCUUGGGACCUCGAUGAUCAUUACAAGGCCGCUUACAAGAAGCAGGACCCGCAGUACGGUGAACAGCCUGCUCAAAAGUUUAGCCGCAAGACCGACCGUCUUGAUCUCGGACCCACGGACAUCUUUGGCAAAUCGUUCGCUACCGGAGGAUACCAGGAUCCUUUGGAUUACGAUGAUAUCUCUCCCGUCGGGGUCAUUCCGGCCAAGGCUGGAGAUGAGAUCACGAUUCAAUGGGAUCACCAUUGGCCUCAGGGACAUCCUGGUCCCAUUGGAGAAUGGAUGGCCAAAUGUCCCGGCGACUCGUGCUCCAAGGUAGACGCCACGACGCUCGACUGGUUCUGUAUCGCCCAACACAACUUUGACAAGGACGCCAACGAUUGGCCGACGGAGAUCAUGACCCGAAACGGACGACAGUGGAAGUUCUUCCUGCCCAACGAUUUGCCCGGUGGCGCCUACAUUGUCCGACACGAGCUCACCGCUCUGCAUAACAACACCGGACCUGUCGAAGGUACCUCGGCCAGCCCUCAACACUACCCCAUCGCCUUUGAGAUCAUGCUCGAGUCUUCCGGUUCCAACUUGCCCACCCAAACGGGCAAGUUCCCGGGCAUGUACAGCUACGACGACUACGAGUGGCACCACGACAUCUACCACGAUGGAUACAACAAGAAGUUGGUCGAGUGGGAGUUCCCCGGUGUCGCCGUCUACCCCGGUGGUUACACUACUGGUGUCGUCAACGGAAGAUCGGUCAACAGUGGCGCUUCGGUCGGGUCCCCCGCCCCGGCUGGCGCCAACCCUCAGCCCGCCGCCGAACAGGCUCCCAGCUCCAGUGCCGCCCCGGCUGAACAGGCUCCUAGCUCGACCGCCGCUGCUCCAGCUGAAUCUUCCGCUGCGGUCGAGCCGGGCUACCAGAACGGAGUUGCUCUCCCUACCGAAUCUGCUCCUACGGAAUCUGCUCCUGCCGAAUCUGCACCCGCUUCGACUUCUGCUGCCGCUGCCCAGAAGACCUGCCGAGUCAGGACUACCCAGGCGCAGCAAAAGAGGAAGAGGGCCGUCCAGCAGGCUCGUCAUCAACGAAGGUCGAGGUCCGGGUUGGGAAAGAAGCACUAAGCGAGAGCUUUUCCCUGUCGGUCGGUCGAUGAGGUCUCCCGGAAAGAGCAAGUGUGAAUGAAGAAGAAGAGUUUAUCAGUCUGGACAGUCUCGAUCCGGUUCGUUGUACUUUGCCGCUCGGACGGGUUCCGAUGCAUGAACGUACGACGAUCGGGUCGUGCACCUUUGUCCAGGCUUGAGGACCCAUCUUUUCCUCCCGUACUCGGACUAGGAAGCAACGCCUUAGUUGACUUGUCUGUGAUAUGUACCGGGCUUGCUUGAUGUGCUAGCAGUCACUCCCUGUUCUUCAAUUUAACGACCUUGUUACGAAUCGAUCUGUAGAUAGUCUGAUAUGAAAUCCGCG